GGUCCCGGCGCGGGUGCGGCUCGGCGGGCGGCCACCGGCAGCACCUCAGAGCCGGCCGGGACCGCUUUCCUGCUUUCCUGCUUUCCUGAUUUCCCCGUUUCCCGGACUCCCGACCCCAUCUCCCUUCCUCUCGCUCUCCGGCGGCCGGAGAUGUCGGCAGCGGACGGAGGCCGAGGGGAGCCAUUAGUCUCACGUGACCUGCGCUGUCAAGUUGCCAGUUAAUAGCGUUGCGGGGGAAAAGGAACACCAUGGAUGGUUUAAUUGAACAGAGCGGUGCCCUAAUGCACAGUAAAAUCAGUGAAGCUGGGAAAAGGAACGGCUUAAUUAAUACCAGAAACUUAAUGGCAGAAAAGAGGGAUGGCCUGGUGCCUGUUUUCCCAACCCCUUCCUACCCGAGCCACGCGCUGGGGUCCGGUGCCACCCCGAGCGAGCCGGACGGCGGCCGAAGCGACUUGGUGCAGCAGCUUCUGGACCCCAACGCCCUGCCCCAGACUGUGGAGUCCCACUACCGCCCCAACAUCAUCCUGUACUCGGAGACCGUGCUGCGGGCCUGGGGGGAUGGCGGGGCCUCGGACUGCUGCGAGACCACCUUCAUCGAAGACCGCUCCCCUGCCAAAGACGGUCUGGACUACCCCGACGGAAAGUUUCUUGACCUCUCGGCCGACGACAUCAAGAUCCACACCCUCUCCUAUGACGUGGAAGAGGAGGAGGAUUUCCAGGAGCUGGAGAGCGACUAUUCGAGUGACACAGAGAGUGAAGACAAUUUCCUCAUGAUGCCUCCACGGGACCACCUUGGGCUCAGCGUCUUUUCCAUGCUCUGCUGCUUCUGGCCGCUAGGAAUUGCUGCCUUUUAUCUGUCCCACGAGACCAACAAAGCUGUGGCCAAGGGAGACUUCCACCAAGCCAGCUCCAGCUCCAGGAGGGCGCUCUUCCUGGCCGUGCUGUCCAUCACCAUCGGCACAGGCAUCUACGUGGGAGUGGCUGUGGCGCUGAUCGCCUAUCUCUCCAAGAAUAACCACUUAUGAGCCUGCAGA